GGACCGGCACACGCCGCAACCAACACCUUUAACAUCGUCCACAACAGCGACAACAAUGUCCUCCGACUACGACUACUCAGACGACGAAGAUGCCUUCUACGAUGAUGACGAGGACAUGAUGAGCACAGGUGACGAUGGUUCAGCCCCCAGUGAUGAUGACAUGGACAUGGAGUUCGCGGACGACUUUAAAGUCCCUCAGCAUUCAGCUCGAAAACCAUAUGAAAUUGAACAUGAUUCACUCUCCCAGCAAGCUGUAGAAAAGCUCAUGGCUACUGAUGUGGAACACAUAUCAAGCAUAUUCGGUGUCGAUGAAAGUACGGCUUCCUUGUUGCUUCGUUACAUGAAUUGGAAUAAGGAGCGCCUCAUCGAGAAGUACAUGGAUAAUGCAUCCGCCGUAUCUGUCGCAGCUGGCAUAUCUACCCCUUCCCGUGCCUCUCCCUCUGUAUCUGGUCCUGCACCAAUCCGUUCAUCAGGCAGCCGCCGCAGAACAACGCGGCAAACACUAGUCCCGAAGGCCGAACCUUUGGUUUGCCCUAUUUGCUUCGACGACUCACAGACGUCAUUCAUCGCACUAUCGUGCGACCAUUCCUUCUGUGCAGGUUGCUGGACGGCAUAUAUCACCUCCAAGAUUCGCGAGGAGGGCGAGCAUGCCAUCCGUUGCAUGGCUGAAGGCUGUGCUCUCGUCGCACCUGACCCCUUCAUUAUAUCUACUUUAGCAAACUCUGGUGAGGAUGAAGAUGGGCGAACGCGGGAGCGAUUCCAGGAAUUGCUCGUGCGACACUUUGUUGGUGCCAACUCGCACUUAAAAUAUUGUCCCUACCCAUCGUGCACUUACACCGUCUCUUGCCCUUCUGCUUCCUCCCGUUCGGCUCUCACAACGAUGGUGCCAACCGUUAGUUGCGGUGUAAAUCAUAAGUUCUGCUUUGGGUGCUCCAUCGACAGCGACCAUCGCCCAGUUAUUUGUCCCGUCGCCAAGAUGUGGUUGAAGAAGUGUAGAGAUGAUAGCGAAACUGCAAAUUGGAUCAAGAGUAACACAAAGGAGUGUAGUAAGUGCCAGAGUACCAUAGAGAAGAAUGGUGGUUGCAAUCACAUGACUUGCAAGAAAUGCAAAUAUGAAUUCUGCUGGGUGUGCAUGGGCCCCUGGUCUGAACAUGGCACAGCGUGGUACUCGUGCAAUCGCUACGAUGAGAAGGCAGGUGUGGAUGCCCGUGAUGCGCAAUCCAAGUCGCGUGCUUCCCUAGAGCGCUACCUCCACUACUACAAUCGGUGGGCGAACCACGAGCAAUCUGCCAAACUAUCUAUCGACAUGUACAACAAGACCGAGAAGAAGAUGGAGGAGAUGCAGAUAACAUCCUCGCUUACGUGGAUUGAGGUGCAAUUCAUGAAGCGCGCUGUGGAAGAGGCAGAACGGUGCCGUGCGACGCUGAAAUGGACGUAUGCAAUGGCAUUUUAUCUGGACAAGGGAAAUGAGAAAGAGCUGUUCGAGGAUAACCAGAGGGACUUGGAAAGGGCAGUCGAGGAUUUAUCGGAGCUGCUUGAAUCACCAAUUGAUCCAGAAACAAUCUCGACCUUGCGGCAGAAGGUGACCGAUAAGACGGUCUAUGUCGCGAAACGCAACGAGAUACUGCUUGAGGAUACUUCUAACGGUUUCGCGGAAGAGCGCUGGAAAUGGAACAUUGCAGUAGAGGGAUUUGAGUAGAUGCUAGCCAUUCUUCCAUCUUUUCUCUGCCACGGGUGUACGCUGCAAGCUUGUACUUCUCCACUCAUCAUCACCCCUUCCAUACUUACUCUACCCCCAAGAUAUCCAACAUCAUAAAGUCACUGUAUUCCAUUGGACGUUAUCCGACCAUGAAGCUCGUAGU